AUGAACAAAGGCGUACUGGAAAAGUACAAAGACUACCUCCCGGUAACCGGCGACACGCCGAUGAUCUCCCUCGGAGAGGGGGAUACUCCCCUGGUGAAGUCGCACACUAUCGGCCCGAUGGUCGGGUGCGACGAGCUCUACUUCAAGCUCGAAGGGUGCAACCCGACCGGUUCGUUCAAAGACCGUGGAAUGGUGGUGGCGGUCGCCAAGGCGAUCGAGGCAGGCGGCCGGAGCAUCGCCUGUGCGUCAACGGGCAACACCAGCGCGUCAGCCGCCGCAUAUGGGGCGUACCUGGAUCUGCCGACGACCAUAAUAGUGCCCAAGGGCAACAUAUCGAGGGGGAAGAUGGCGCAGGCUAUAGCCUACGGCGCCCGCAUCAUGCUGAUUCGCGGCAGCUUCGACCACGCGCUCGAACUCGUCCGCGAGCUCACAGAGAGAAACCCCAUCACCCUCGUCAACUCAGUCAAUCCCAAUCGUAUCCAGGGUCAGAAGACAGCAUCGUUCGAGAUAGUCGAAGACCUUGGAACUGCCCCCGACUUCGUCUUCAUCCCGGUUGGCAACGCCGGCAAUAUCACCGCCUACUGGCUUGGCUUCCAGGAGGCGUACAUUAAAACGAGUGGUCCGCGGUGCGGCCGAGGAUGA